AUGGCCGCUGAAUGUGCUCAAUUAUUGCAGAGUAUUAUCGACAGUCAACAUGAAAGCGCAGUCAAACGCUCUGCUAUUAUAACACUGUUAAAUUAUAAUGCCAAUAAUCAACCAUCUGCUGUGGCAUCAAUAGAUGUAUUGCAAGUUGCUGUCCAAUGGUUUCUGUAUACAGAUAUACCAUUAAAGAAUCAAAUGGCGACAAUCUUGUUGAAAUUUAUUGUUCAAUCCGAUAUGGAAUUUUGUAUGCGUCAAUUGAUGAGCGCUCAUCGUUUACAACAACUACUGUUACAAAGUACCAAUGUCGAUCAACUUCGUAUUGCACAAUUUUUCCAUUCUAUUAUGAUGGUUAUCAACCGUGUUGGUCAUAUUAAGAUAGAUCAGCAAGUAUUAGAGGUAUUGCUAGCUUGCAUGAUUUCUUGGGAUAACAUAGAAACGAUUGUCAAAAUGGCAUCACAAUUAGUCGAUCAUUGUCGUCAACAAGGUUAUUCAAGCCAACUUUGUCUUGUUCUAGUGAUGUGCAUCGCUCGUAAUCAUCAACAUCAUCCUGCUAAGCAUCACACUAUACAUACUGAUACAACAACAGAAAAUAUUUUAAAGGUGAUUGAUCAAAUGUCCAAGUUAAUUGGCGUACUAUGUCAAGAUCAAUCCAUUGCUCUUCAUUAUACGAUUACAUCAAUCCUAAGCUUAGCCAUGUCCAUCAAUAUCUCAAUAACUAUUCCUGACAUACCUGGUGGCUCAUUGCGUGAUGCUGUCUUACGUUAUUCACCCCUCAAUCCAUCGCCUUUCGUAGCUUAUGCACUCAAGUAUGUUUCAACGACGAGUAUUAAUCAGUCAGUACUAGACAUCGCUAGACAUACUGUUCCAUUUCCUGAUGCCCUACUCUCUUUAGCUGCUGAAAGAUUACUGGACUGGAUGGAUUUAUUACUGUCAAAAUCAACUCAUCUUGACGAUGCUGCUCCUGGAUGGUUAGCUUGUAUACUUCAAUUUUUUGUAACUAUGAUUGACCAUGGUCGAGAUAAAGUUAUCGAUAGUGUACUUCGAAGUAAAAUUGAUCAGAUAUGCCGCUGUCUCCAGAACAAACAUGCAUGCUCUUCAAUGAUACCCCUAGUUCACUUGAUAUUGUGCCGUCAUUAUCAUUCUAUUGAUAUUGUUUCCAAGUAUGUUCCUAAAGAAGAAGAAUUAACAUCUUUACUAUCAGAAUAUGAGGUCGUUGAUCGUGGAAGCUAUUUAAGAAAUCGAUCGUUAAUAAUAAAGAAGAUUGGCUUAGAUAAUUUAGGCAAUACCUGUUAUAUGAAUAGUAUUCUGCAGGUCCUAUAUAUGAUUGAUGGCUUUCGAAAAUUUAUCAUUAGCUCUACAUUUGAUGGAAAGCAACCAUUAUUAAUAGAAUUGCAGAGAUUAUUCGUAUAUUUAACAUUAUCGCAGAGGGAAUCUAUAUGUCCUCGCGAAUUUGCAAGAUUAUCACGCCCAAAAUGGUUUCAAGAAUUUGAACAACAAGACAGUUCAGAAUUUUUAAAAUAUUUAUUAAGUUCAUUUGAUAAAGAAGAGAAAUUGCAAAAUCGCAGUCGAAACGAUAUUCAACAUUUCUUUCAAGGGGAAUUUGUUAACCAUAUUAGGUGUAGAAAGUGCAACAACGUAAUGCAACACAAAGAAGAAUUCUUAGAUCUUAUGCUUGCGUUUGGUAAUGAAAAUGCGGAUACAUUAACAACCAAUGCUAAUUCUAUGCCAGAUAAAGCAACAAGUAGCAAUUCAACUACCGCCCAUCGCAGUCUCAAUAAUUAUUUAGAUAACGAUACUCAUGUUCAUACUGGAUAUUCCUUGCAAGCUUUACUGGAGAAAUUUUUAUCUGAAGAGCAAUUAUUGGUUGAUCAAGGCAAUUCUUACUCUUGUGAUCGAUGUAAUGAAAGUACUGAUGCGGAAAUUAUGCGAACACUUACGAAAUUACCACCUUGUUUAAUCCUGUCGCUGCAAAGAUUUUCUUACAAUACUUUAACUCAUAAGCGAUCGAAAAUUUUUCGUAAGGUACACUUUCCUAAUGAAAUAUCCUUACCAUGUCACAUGGCGGAUCAGUCCAGUAGUAGUGAAAGUGAUGAUAUGACGGAAUUGUCUUCUGGAAUAUUGAAGAAGGAGGAUCCAUUGUAUUCUAUGUCUCAAGAAUACAAAUUGAUAGGAUAUAAUUUGCACUCUGCUGUAAUUCAUUCUGGUCUAACAGCUGAUGGUGGGCAUUACUACAGCAUAGUUAAGACGCCUUUGGAUUGCAAUCGCCGCGAUAACGUUCCUGUGGCUGAAGUUACUGACAAUGGCUCUGGAUGGAUAAUAUUUAACGAUACUCAUGUUCAAUGUAAUGAUAAUUCUAAUGCAUUAAACAAUAUCGGUCGUGAUCACUUUUACGAGGUUGCGUACAUAUUGUUUUAUAUGCGGCAUGAUUUUCAAGUUGAUGAAUGUAAUUCUCCUCAUUCAAGGAACUCCAUGUGUGGAGAUUUGCUUAUGAAGCAAGAUUUAGUUCGCGAAGUCAUUCUUGAUAAUGCAAGAUAUGCGCAGGAAAAUCAGUCCAAGAAAUCGGAGAAUAUUACCAAAUUAAGGAAUCUGGGUCCCGAUGAUAAUAAUAACGACGAUGCUGGUUCAUCUGGUAGUAACAACCGAGAUUAUGACAUUCCUAUAAAUCGAUAUAUAUACUAA